CGCGAAAUUAUGACCCCAUGCGAACAAGCCGAGUACGACCUCGCCAGGGAGCGGCAGCAGCAACAAAUCCUGGCGCGAAACCACGUGCGGCAGCUUCGAAGGACAAACAGCACGCACUAUCAGAUGAUGCUGAACAUGCAUGCGCAGGACCACAGCUUGGUGGCGAUCAGCCGGCGCCUUCGCAUGGCGCCAUGCAUCGUGGCGCGGACGUUCCUGGAACAUGUGGAAGGCGUGGACAAGAGCAAGAUUUACAAACUGCUGCUCUCCACAUUGACACCCGACGACGACAUCAAUAGUAACAAUCUCAACAACCUGCCACCAUUGAGCACUCGCCUUCGGCGAGAGCUGCGGGAGUGUGUAGAAGAAGACGUGCAUUGCUCACCCUUGUGCGACCGCGUCCGACGAAGCGAAGGUGAUGAGUAUGAACACUUGAUGGUCCUUCGACUCACCCAACUGGGCAUUCCCUUCGAGAACGAGCACAUGCUUCGCGAGCGAGGGCUGGCCAAGACUCCGGACGCGCUCCUAGUCGUUCCGAUACAAGUCAAGGUGGGCGACACGUGGCAUGUCGUACAGUGGAUCGAUUCCAAGGCCAUGGCGCACGAGGUCGGCACGGAGAACGAGACGCAGCACAUUGCUCAAGCCCACGCGUAUGUCAAUCGGUUUGGCCCAGGGAUGCUGGUGUACUGGCUCGGCGUCGGCCGCGACCACGCGCCAGCGAUGGACGACGUCAUGCUGGUGGAUCACCUUCCCCCCGCCUUUUUGUUUCCAGGUCAAACGUCCAAAGAGGUCUCCAAGCUUCAUGCUCCCGACGUAGCAAGCAACGGUACGACCUUUCUUUUUGAACCGACGCACGUCAUCACGACAAGGGACGACGAUGGCCUUCCAUCCACAGUCGUGUCGUUCUAAUACUGUAUCAACUCACCC